CCCGGCCCUAGCCAUGCGUUUAGCUAUGGUAUCCCGCACGGUGUAUGAGUUCUCUGCUCGGCUCCUCUCCGCUGGGGAGAACACGGCUCUGUCCCAGUACAAGGGCAGAGUGCUUCUCAUCGAGAAUGUGGCGUCUCUCUGAGGCACAACCAUCCGGGAUUAUACCCAGAUGAGCCGGCUGCAGAGCAUGUAUGGCCCCCGCGGGCUGCAGGUUCUCGCCUUCCCCUGUAACCAGUUCGGACACCAGGAGAACAGUGGCAACCAAGAGAUUCUGAACAUUCUGAAGCAUGUCCGUCCUGGGGGUGGCUUCGAACCCAACUUCCCCUUGUUUGAGAAGGUCGACGUGAAUGGAGAAAAGGAGCACCCACUCUUUACUUUCCUGAAGGGGCAACUUCCGUAUCCUAGCGAUGACUCCAUCUCCCUCAUGCAGGAUCCCAAGAGCAUCAUCUGGUCCCCUGUGCGUAGGAAUGACAUCGCCUGGAACUUCGAGAAGUUCCUGAUCGCUAGGAAUGGGGUCCCGUACAAGCGCUACGGGCGUCGAUUCGAGACAUUCAACAUCCAGCAGGACAUCGAGAAACUGCUGGAUGAAACUUGUGAAUAGUCGGUCUGCUCAGCAGUGCCCCGGGUUUCACUGUCCUUGUUUGUUCUUGCUGUAAAGUCAAUGUAUAGCCAUUGCCCUGCCACUACUGAACUACAACUCUAGACACAAUGGCCACACCAUUCAUUUCUGUGGGAGAAAGCUGUGUGGCCUUGUGCCAGAUGCUUCCAUAAGUUUCUAACAGUCCCACUGUUCCUUUAACAUGUUAACUGAUUUGGUCAAGCUGCAUACAAGGACCCUGUAUUCACUGGGCAGCACUGCUGCAAAAGCACUGACUUCUGUCAGGUUUCUAUGUCCCAUCCUAGUGAGCUUUGCUACCUGGCCCUCCCCAACCCCUCUUGGUUCCUAGUACUGGUUACUAACCCCUAGGCUAUUACUUAUGAUGAUCUGCCUUGAAACCUAGAGAGGCAGAACUGAUGUACCCCUGUAAGUGCCUGAGGGUGGGUGCUGGGCAAGGGAGUCUGGAGAUUGGAUGGAGGGCCCAUAUGUUAAACUUGUUAUAAGAAAAUGUUUAUUAAAAGUAUUUUGACAGAA